UGAAGUUAAGCAGAGAUGCUGUUAAAAUUUGGUCCUUUCCACACAUGUACACAAGGAGAGUUACCAGUUAAAAGAAAAGUGACCAGUGUAGACGACGGCAUGACCACCAUGAAGGGAAACGGUCUGAUUGUGUUGCUGGUUGCAAGUUUGGGAGGCUUCGGAAUCUUAGUGGCAGGGGAAACAGAAGAUUCCCAGUGCCAGCGAGCUGAGCACCCUGUUAUAAUGUUUAAAGGUCCUUUCCACACAUGUACACAAGGAGAGUUACCAGUUAAAAGAAAAGUGAGCAGUGCAGAUGACGGCAUGACCACCAUGAAGGGAAACGGUCUGAUUGUGUUGCUGGUUGCAAGUUUGGGAGGCUUCGGAAUCUUAGUGGCAGGGGAAACAGAAGAUUCCCAGUGCCAGCGAGCUGAGCACCCUGUUAUAAUGUUUAAAGAAAUUGCUCCCUGGUUACAUGUAUUCAGAGCAGAGAAUGCUGUGGACUUCUCACAGUUAACAUUUGACCUAGGCCAAAAGGAACUUAUUGCUGGAGCAAGAAACUACCUCUUCAGGUUACAUCUUGAGGAUCUGUCUCUAAUCCAGGCAGUGGAGUGGCAGUGUGAUGAAGCUACUAAAAGAGCCUGUUACAGUAAGGGCAAAUCAAAGGAAGAAUGCCAGAACUAUAUCCGUGUGCUUCUUGUGGGCGGUGACCGACUCUUCACUUGUGGAACCAAUGCUUUUACUCCUAUUUGCACCAAUCGAACGUUAAGCAACCUGACAGAGAUACACGAUCAGAUCAGUGGCAUGGCUCGCUGCCCGUACAGUCCCCAACACAAUUCCACAGCUCUUCUCACUUCUAGUGGGGAGUUAUAUGCUGCUACAGCCAUGGAUUUCCCAGGAAGGGAUCCUGCCAUUUAUCGCAGUCUGGGGGGUCUUCCUCCUCUCCGCACUGCACAGUACAACUCCAAAUGGCUAAAUGAGCCAAAUUUUGUGUCAUCCUAUGACAUUGGAAACUUCACAUACUUCUUCUUCCGAGAGAAUGCAGUAGAACAUGACUGUGGGAAAACAGUCUUUUCUCGGGCUGCUCGGGUGUGUAAAAAUGACAUAGGGGGCAGAUUUUUGCUAGAGGACACCUGGACAACCUUUAUGAAGGCUCGUCUGAACUGCUCUCGCCCAGGAGAAAUUCCAUUUUACUAUAAUGAACUACAAAGCACUUUCUUUCUGCCAGAAUUGGACUUGAUCUAUGGGAUCUUUACCACUAAUGUGAACAGCAUAGCUGCCUCUGCAGUUUGUGUUUUCAACCUGAGUGCGAUAACUCAGGCCUUCAGUGGACCAUUCAAAUUUCAGGAGAACUCCCGCUCUGCCUGGCUGCCUUACCCCAAUCCCAACCCUAAUUUCCAGUGUGGUACAAUGGACCAGGGACAGUACAUGAAUCUGACUGAGAGGAAUCUUCAGGAUGCCCAAAAAUUUAUUCUAAUGCAUGAGGUGGUUCAGCCAGUUAUUCCAAUUCCUUACUUCAUGGAGGACAACAGUCGAUUUUCCCAUGUGGCAGUGGAUGUGGUGCAGGGCAAGGACAUGCUUUUCCAUAUCAUCUAUCUGGCCACAGAUUAUGGAACUAUUAAGAAAGUACUUGCUCCAAUGAAUCAGACUUCCAACAGCUGCUUACUAGAAGAAAUUGAGCUCUUUCCAAGGAAGCAGAAGGAACCUAUCAGGAGCCUGCAGAUUCUGCAUAGCCAGAGUGUUCUGUUUGUGGGACUUCAGGAACAUGUAGUAAAGAUUCCCCUGAAAAGGUGUCUGUUUUACAAAACACACAGUGCAUGCAUUGGGUCCCAGGAUCCUUACUGUGGCUGGGACAUGGUGAUGAAGAAAUGCACAACACUAGAAGAAAGUCUGAGCAUGAGUCAGUGGGAGCAAAGCAUCACUGUGUGUCCAACUAGGAAUUUGACUGUGGAUGGGAAUUUUGGAAUGUGGUCUCAAUGGAAACCCUGCACCUACAGUGAUGGUACCAGUGUCGGCUCCUGCCUCUGUAGAACUCGCUUGUGUGACAGUCCAUCUCCUCAGUGUGGAGGCUGGCAGUGUGAAGGACCAAGUAUGGAGAUUGCCAACUGCUCCAGAAAUGGGGGCUGGACUCCAUGGACUUCCUGGUCCCCCUGCAGUACUACCUGUGGAAUUGGUUUUCAAGUCCGCCAGCGUUCAUGCAGCAAUCCAACUCCUCGGCAUGGAGGCCGUGUAUGUGUGGGACAGAACCGUGAAGAGAGAUACUGCAAUGAGCACUUGCUGUGCCCGCCACAUAUGUUUUGGACAGGCUGGGGACCGUGGGAACGUUGCACUGCUCAGUGCGGGGGAGGGAUUCAGGCCCGUCGCAGGACAUGUGAGAAUGGCCCCGAUUGCCCUGGCUGCAAUGUGGAGUAUCAACCUUGUAACACCAAUCCCUGUCCAGAGCUGAAAAAGACCACCCCUUGGACGCCUUGGACUCCAGUCAAUAUCUCAGACAAUGGUGGCCACUAUGAACAACGAUUCCGCUACACUUGCAAGGCACGCUUGCCUGACCCAAAUUUGCUAGAGGUGGGAAGACAGAGGAUUGAAAUGCGUUAUUGUUCCAGUGAUGGUACCAGCGGAUGCUCAACAGAUGGACUGUCAGGGGAUUUCUUGCGUUCUGGACGAUACUCGGCUCAUACAAUUAAUGGAGCCUGGUCACCGUGGACUCCAUGGUCUCAGUGCAGUCGAGACUGCAGCAGAGGCAUUCGCAACCGCAAGCGUGUCUGCAACAAUCCUGAGCCGAAGUAUGGAGGUCUUCCAUGUCUGGGCCCAUCUCUGGAGUACCAGGAAUGCAACAUCUUGCCUUGUCCAGUUGAUGGAGGUUGGUCUUGUUGGUCAUCCUGGUCGAAGUGCUCAGCAACUUGUGGAGGGGGACAUUACAUGAGGACCCGCUCCUGCACAAACCCAGCCCCAGCCUAUGGAGGGGACAUCUGUCUUGGACUUCACACUGAAGAGGCACUUUGCAACACACAGCCCUGCCCAGAUAACUGGUCUGACUGGUCUGAUUGGUCUGAUUGUGAUUCAUCUGGAAUCCAGUUCCGCGUGCGUCAGUGUAUCAUUUUAUUUCCUGUGGGCAACCAGUGUUCUGGAAACACCACUGAGAGUCGAGCUUGUGUUUUUGAUUCUAACUUCAUACCAGAAAUAUCAGUUGCAAGAUCGAGUAGCAUCGAAGAAAAACUAUGUGGUGAGUUCAACAUGUUCCACAUGAUUGCAGUGGGCUUGAGCAGUUCUAUACUUGGCUGCCUCCUUACACUGCUUGUUUACACUUACUGCCAACGAUAUCAGCAGCAAUCCCAUGAUGCAACUGUUAUCCAUCCAGUAUCACCAGCUCCACUUAACACCAGUAUCACUAACCAUAUCAACAAACUGGACAAAUAUGAUUCUGUGGAAGCCAUCAAGGCAUUUAACAAAAACAACCUGAUCUUGGAGGAGAGAAACAAAUACUUCAAUCCACAUCUUAGUGCAAAGACCUAUUCUAAUGCCUAUUUUACAGAGUUCAAUAAUUAUGAUGAGUACUAAUGGACAUGUGUAUUUUCUGGCCUCUGGUAACUUCCCAAUCCCCCAGAGCCUGUGCUACAUGCCCGCUCAUGUGUUUAAGGCUUCAGAUAUGAAGUUUGGAGACAUUUCAAGCACACUCCAAGCCAUCAGUGUCCCAUUGCUGCCAAAAGAACAAAAACACCUACAUGUGACAUGAUGAUGUUUCCUUUGCAAGCAUGAAAGGUUGGCCUGCAGUAUGGAGUGCAGAUUUAGUAGCUGGGCAUAGUGUAAUGAGUCCUGAGGAGUAUAUCACUUUGUUGGUGUUUAUUAAUGUCCAGUCAGAUUUCUUUGAUGUGUUAAGAACUAAUUUCUUGAGCUUUUCAAAAUACUAUAAUCCCUUUGAAGAGGGUGUGAGUAAUAUGACUUCUAUUUUAUUUUGGACAUUGUCUUGUUUCCAUGAAGUUUGAGGAGAAAACUCUGCAUCUAGUAGUAAGGCUCUCUGAGGAGUCUUCCUGACAUUAUGCUAUCAAAAAACCUCAUAGAACUUUGAGCAAAAUGAUGAGGAGAAAUUUGGCUGUGCGGUGUUAAUUUGUAGUAACUCCAGACACUCCAGAGUUUAUCAUCCUGGAGUGUGAAGUGUUCUACCUGGAAUUCUUGGAGGUUUUCCAGAUAUUUAGAUUUUGAAGCAAACAGAAAAAGAUAUGCUUUUUGUGACAAAAAGGGAAAUCUGCACAAUAGAUGGUUCAAAGUUGUGAGAUAAGUUAAGCCUUCAUUCUAGUUUAUUUUAGUUUCUGGGAGAUUACUUUUGAAAAUUUCUGCAUGUCGUUAGUAACCCGGUGUUCUUGUAGUGUAUGGACUUGCAUGACUCAUGGCAUUCCAAAGACCUGUUCUCCUCAGAGUGUCCAUAUGGAACCCACUUGUCCAGUGCGCUGUAGCGUUCAAAAACUUGCCAAAAACUUGGCAGAAACAACUGUACCAUGAUUUAUCCACUGUACCCUUCCUUGCCACUACUGGGAACGUAUGCCUGAUAAUAGAAUCGAUUUUCUUUUCACAACUCCUUGUUUACACAUGCCUGUUUGGAAACAACAACAAAAAAAGAAAGAAAAGGCCAGAUAUGUUGUGAAAAGCAUUGUUUUCAUCUUCUCGGUAUGUCUAAUCCAUGUUAAUCAGCCUGUGCCAGGACCAUUCAUGCUGUUAUUUAAAGUGGGCUUCCUUUGAAGCUCUAUUGAUGUGAAUAUUUAACAUAAUAGCUGCAUUUUAAGCUGUCACUUUUAAAUUCUUGUGCAAUGGCAGGUGAGGAAACAGUGGCAG